UCGAUUCUAUCUGUUCGAUGGUACAAAUUUUACAAAUGAAUAAAACUUAGCUUAUAAUCAUAAUAUAAAUGAUAUUUAUUCAUCAUAUAUAUUAUUUUAACGAUUUCAAUAUAUUUCAACAUUUUUGUGUACAUAUUAUUUUGAGUUUAUUCUAGGAGGGGUUAAAAAAAAACUUAAAUUGAGUAUCUCGAUUAUUAUCGAUAUAUUUUGAACUUAGCUAAUAACACUAAGUAGUGUUGUUUGAUGGUCAAGUUCAGAGUUUGUCUAUUUUUAACGAUAUCAUAACAAAUUACUGGGCACUUAAUACUAUGUGCAUAAACGAUGUGCAAAAUAUAGAUGUGGGCCAUUUAAUAAGGGCUUGCGGUAGGUAAAAGACAAUAUAUUAUAUAAGCAGAGAAAACAUGUAUAAAGUGACCAGUGAAAUCUAUGGUGAAACAAACUAUAACUCAAUCAAAGGCGACAAUGGAAGGGUAUUGUCCAAAUUUAAAUUCAAAUAUCCACAAGACGAUGAGAAUGUAGUAGCCCAAAACGGUAUGCUUGUUGAUAAAGACGGUGACCUAAUAGUGCAAAGGAAAAGGGGAUCGACACUAGAUGGUGUGAUUGUCAUUGAACACUCUGAAGCCACAGAAUUACGAUUGGUGGGACUGCAAGUCUGGAGAGGUGCGCUGCUAUUAGCUGACUAUAUUUUUCAUAAACGUACCGAAUUUCGUGAUAAAUUUAUUUUGGAGUUGGGUGCAGGCGUUGGAUUGACAAGUAUUGCUGCAGCUCUCUAUGCGCAACAGGUCGUAUGUACGGAUGUGAAUGUUGGUGGGAUAUUAGACUUAAUACGUGAAAAUGUAAAACAUAACUCGAAAUUGCUUCAAAAUCGCAAUAACAUUAAUGUAUUGGAGCUCGACUUUCUGAAGCCUAUUGAAGAGUAUGCUCCUGCUCUGCUAAGGGCUAUUGCUAAUUGUGAUAUUGUAGUGGCAGCUGAUGUGAUCUAUGAUGAUGAUUUAACUAAUGCAUUCAUACGUGUUAUAGAUGUGUUUUUUGAACGUGGAAGAUUAUCUGGUAAAAAUAAAACGGUUUUAAUAGCUUUGGAGAAACGUUACGUUUUCACACUUACGGAAUUGGACACAACAGCGCCAAUGUUUGAAUAUUUUUUAAAACAAACUAUGCAUAAACCAUGGCUAUUUGAGUAUAUCGACACAAACAGCUUUUCACAAUAUUUUGAAUAUGAUCGUUCCAGACAUUUAGUUCUGUUAAAAGUUACUUAUGAAAAAUAAAGAUUAUUUAUAAAAUUAA